CGGCGAGGUAUGUGGGAAUGGCUCGCAGGCCCUGGCAAGGUUUUUCGCCAUCCCUUACCAGGCAGCACAAACUACAUGUCCGCAUACGACAAACAAGGCCUUCUCUUGCGCUCAAAGCGACAGCGCCAGGAUCAACAAAACCGCAACGCCGAUGCCGCGAUAGAGGGUAAGGUUUACACGGAAGAGGAAGAGGCAGAAAUAGUGCAGAAAGAAAGGGAGGAUGGACUUGAUGAGGUGGAAAUGCAGGCGAAUGCAGCCAAAAGAGCUGCAGCUCGCCAAGCAAAGGCAGACUUGGACGCGAGAGGUGGUAUGCCGCCAGAACGGCCUUCAGAUAUGAGACCGUAUCCGCUCAAUCACAAUUUCAGAAGUGAGAGUGUCCUAAGCGAAGACCUCAGAGAAGAGCUGUACAGACAAGUUGUCCUUCAGGAUCAGAGCAUAUCAACCAUUUCGGCGGCAUAUGGCGUUGACAUGAGGAGAGUCGCGGCAGUGGUGAGACUGAAGACCAUUGAGAAGCAGUGGCAAGAAGAGGGCAAGCAAUUAGCGAAGCCAUAUAAUGACGCUGUUCUUGCGAUGCUGCCGCAAACUCCUUUCAAACCCCACCAUCCUACAAAACAGAUCUACGAGCACGAAAGCGUCAACGACCUACCAGUACACGCAAGCACACGCCAUCAACUUUUCUACCCAGUAUCAGAAUCGCGGCAAUUCACUCGAGAAGAUGCGGCAAAGGCAUUCCACGAGAACCUCCUUCCAGCCGACAAGCGCAUUCCUCAUCCAGAGCUCAUUGCUAUAGAGAAGGACCGUUUGAACAACGUCGAGCGCAGAGAGCGAUUUGAGAAUCAGUUGCGUCGAGAUGCGGAAGCGAAAGAAGCCAAAGCAAAGGCUGAAGCCAAGAAGAAGGCGUGGGAAGAGCAGACCCAGCGUGUCGUUGAGACCAGACGGUGGAACUUCAAGUUCCAGGAUAUCAGCUGGAAGGGAGGCAAGGAUGGACGCGGACGAGGAGCCGUUGGCGCACGAUAUGGCAUGCCCCAUGAGGAUAGGAAGAGAGGCCAAGUCAAGAUACCGACUAGCGUCGAGUAG